AUGGCUGCACCGCCGCCUCCACCGCCGCCACCGCCGCCUCCAGGGCCUCCACCACUGUUGGGACUGCCAUCUGGGCUGGGCGAUUUGCCAGCAAGACCACCGCCUGCAGUUGCUCAAGGAAGAAAUGCUUUACUUGGCGAUAUUAGAAAAGGAGCAAAGUUGAAAAAGGCAGUAACUGUGGACAAAUCCAAGCCCAUGAUUGAUACUAAACAGCUGUCAUCUAUAUCUACAUCAACCCCUAGCAAUAAUUCGACGAAAACUGCGCCUCAGGUCCCAGCUGGGGUACCUCAAUUGGGUGAUAUUUUUGCUGGAGGCAUGCCAAAAUUGAAGCGAGUAGAUAAUCGUGCAGGAGUUGUGCCACCAUCGGCGCCUAAAAUACCCAACUUAAACUCACACAAUAAUAAAGCUACAGUACCACCAGCACCACCCCCUCCAGUUGGUCUUCCACCAAGUAUGCCGCCAAAACUACCACCAACGAGACCAAAAAAGUCAAAUCACCUUCAAAGUAGUUCGAUAUCUUCAAUUGAAGAGGUCAGCAAACCUCCGCCUCUACCAUCGGGCCCACCUCCAAUCCCGACUUCUGCACCUCCACCCCCUGCAGUGCCAAUAGCAAAUAGACCGAAUAUGAAAACACCUUCAGCUGCACCGCCGCCGCCGCCACCAGCACCACCAGCACCACCACCAGCACCACCAGCACCUUCACAUACAAUGCAACCAGCAAACAAAUCAAACCUGGCAAUACCUUCGGCUCCUCUGAUACGUCCCAGUGGACUACCUUUCCUUGCGGAAAUAAACGCGAAAAGAGAUGAUAAAAAUGUCAUUGAAAAUGUUGAUACUGGUUCCAAAUCUCAUCAAAAGAAACCAUCAAUACUGUCGUUAACUGCAUCGCGUCUCCCAUCAUCCAAUGCUUCCAAACCUCUGCAAGUUCCUUCAAUACCUGUCACAAGACCACCACCACCUCCUGCACUGCCUGCACCUCCUGCACCAUCUAUGCCACCAGCACCACCUGCACCAUCUAUGCCACCAGCACCUCCUGCACCACCAGCACCUCCUGCACCACCUGCACCUCCUGCACCACCAGCACCUCCUGCACCACCAGCACCUCCUGCACCACCAGCACCUCCUGCACCACCAGCACCUCCUGCACCACCAGCACCUCCUGCACCACCAGCACCUCCUGCACCACCAGCACCUCCACCUCCUCUGACGUUACCUCCGGCUAACUCAAGUGCAAAAGCUUCAAGUUCCAAACCUAUUCCAGCACCUAGUGGCUCUCUCCCAUUUUUGGCCCAAAUCAACGCAAAAAGAAAUGAUGAUUUCGUGAUUGACGGUAGUCGCAACUCUUACUCGACUGCUGCAAAUGAUAAAACCCCUACUCCUUCGCUGCAAAAGCCCAAGUCGGCUAAACUCGCAAUGUUCAAAGAAAACAUCACGAAGAGCCCGAUUCCUCCAGUUCCGUUUACAUUACCACAACCUCAAAAGACUAAACCACCAGCUCCGCCAGUGACUGCUCCCACUCCGGCGCCACCACCACCACCACCACCAUCAUCACUACCAUCCAUGAGAGAUGCUGAGCCUACUUCUCCAGCCAUUCCAUUGUCUAUCCCAAUGCCUAUUGCAACACCACAAGCUCCCAAAUUUCAUCCUCAUAAAGAACCAGUCAAAGCACCAAACCUAGAUCCACCCGCACCACCAACAGAACCGGCUCCUUCAGCUCCUAAAUUCAAAAAAUCCCCACCCCCUUUACCUCCACAAGGACUGACACCUAUGAGGUCUACCAGCGUACCAAAAAAUAACGGCUUGGACUCUAAACAAGAUGCUGGUUUAUCAUUAAGAAAAGUCUCGGCUCUGACAUUCACCAUUAAUGGCUCAGCAACAGGCAAAAGCAAUGGUCAAAAAGUUGUUAUUGAUGAUAAACGAUUCAAAUUUGUAAACGCUAAUUCAUUGCCAAAUCCGAGAAGAUUUGAAAAAGUUCAAAAGCUAUAUCCAAGCGGAAGAGGUUCAUCUAUUCCAUUGGACUUGAGUCUUUACUCUUAG